AUGGCGCAGUACACGGUGCUGGUCACGGCACGCGAGGCACUGGUUGACGCCGCCCGCGCGUCGAGCUUCCUGUGCAGCUCGGACGAGCUCCGCCUCGACGCGCCCGCCCGCGCACUGGCCACGGACGAGGCGCUCCAGCCCGGGUGGAUCUACUUCGUGCUGCUAGUGUCUAUGCUCCGUCGGGCCCUCUCGGGGCAGGAGAUGACCGCCCUCGCCCUCAGGGCCAUGUCGGUGCUGGCCGUGGCGAGCGGCAUCUCGUCCCCCACGCGCGGCAAGAACGGAGCCGCGCUGGCUGGCGCCAACGGCAAGCGACGGAAGGCGACGGCUCGAGUGGCACCUCUCGCUGACGAUGACGUUGUCGCGGACCAGCACCUUGCGCACGGCAAAUACGGUGGCGUGCGCAAGAGGGCGCUGGCCGCCGGUGAUGUGGCGGCUGGGAAGACGAGGAGAGGAGAUGGUUACGGUUGA